AUUUGCGUUAAAAAAUAUAUUGACUUCUUAUGCCAGUUGGUUAGCGAAUCCUUUAAAAAGACGUAGAUUCAUUAUGCUUGGAUUAAUAGGUUGUAUAUUGCUAUUUGUGCUUUGUCUUCAACACAAUACUUCCGAUGGAACUGAAAACUCAAAUGGUUUACUUAUGUCAAAUUUUGAACAAGCAGAACUUCCUCGAGCAGCUGCAGUUUCAAGUGUUGUUAGAAAAAUAAAUGAUGACGUUCAAUUUGUUGAAGAACAGCCAGCACAAAUUAGAAUACAACAGCCUCAAAUUAACGUUGUUUCUCAACAAUUCCAACCUUAUGUUCCGUCACAUAGACUUAUUCAUUUGGAUCUAAAAGGUGCACCUCCAAAGAUAUUAUAUUUACAAAAAUUAUUCCCGUUAAUAAAAAAAAUGGGGGGUACUGGCCUUUUAAUUGAAUGGGAAGAUAUGUUUCCUUGGAGUGGGGAAUUAUCCCAAAUAGCUGCUGGAAAUGCAUAUACUAGAGCAGAAGUUAAGGAAAUUUUAAGGUUGGCUAAAUUAAAUAAUUUGGACGUGAUACCAUUAAUUCAAACUUUUGGUCAUGUGGAAUUUGCUUUAAAAACACCAGAUUUUACCCACUUACGAGAGGUUCCAGAAUCUCCUCAAGCGUUAUGUCCAUCAUACAAUGCAUCAAUAAAAUUUGUAGAACAAAUUAUAGAUCAAGUUAUGGAGUUACACGGGAAUAUAAAAUACUUGCAUAUUGGUUGCGAUGAAGUGUUCCAAAUAGGUGAAUGUUUUAGGUGUAAAUCAAUAGCUAAGGAAGAUUUAUUUCUUUCACAUGUUGUUAAAGUAGCAACCUAUGUACGUACAAGAUAUCCGAGUACUAUACCAAUCAUUUGGGAUGAUAUGUUAAGACAUUUAUCAGUAAAUUCAAUGCAAAUGUAUAACAUUGGAAAACUAGUUGAACCAAUGAUAUGGGUUUACGCGGAAGAUGUGUAUAGAUUUGUAAUGCAAACCGUUUGGGAAAAAUAUCAGGCUGUAUUUCCUCAUGCAUGGACAUCUAGCGCAUUUAAAGGAGCAUUCGGAGAAACGCUAUAUGUUCCUAAUGUCAAGCGACAUUUGGAAAAUAAUUUAAAUUGGUUACAGUUAAUGAGUAAUGAAGAAAGUCGAUUCACUGGAGGAUUUAAAGGAAUUGUAAUAACUGGAUGGCAGAGAUACGACCAUUUUGCUGUAUUAUGUGAAACUCUUCCAGCAUCAAUACCAUCUAUGAUUGUAAAUUUAAUGGCAGUAUCUCAUGGUUAUAUGAAUCAAUCUCUACAAGCGAAAUUGAAUGAUGGUUUAAGUUGUGGUAUAUUUGGCAGCUCAAAUGAAUAUGAUGAAGAUUUUUUAAGUUUAAAAAUAGAUCCUUACCUCUGGGAACAAUUUUCUAGAUGUUCUUUCCCUGGGUAUCAGUUCUUUAGGUUAACAUAUAGACUUCACUUAAUUGAGGGAGAAUACAAUAAAUUUAUCGAUGUAACAAAAAAAAAGCGAGGUUGGAUGACUAAUUAUAAUGUAGAGCGUGAAUUUUCCACACCAAUACGUGUUGACGAGCUCAUGGAGGAAUACGCUCACAUUUAUAGACCUUUAUUGUCAUUAGUUAAACCUAUCCAAGAAUCACUAACAGGUAUUUUUGACAAAUUCACGAUAUCUGAGUGGAUCGAACAAAAAAUUUAUCCUAUGGUAAAAGAACUUGAAAAAAUACAAAAAGAGGCCCAUGACCUAAAAUUAAAAAAAACUUGGCCUAAAAGACCACUGCCAGUGUUAAAAGAAUUAGCAAGAAUUGGAUUUUCUGACCAUGAUUCUCCUACAAUUACAUUAGAUAAAAUACGAUAGUAUAACUUUAUAUGAUUUAUUAAAUUAAAUUAUGCAUUACAUUAUCAAAAAUUUAGAUUUAUAAUGAGUUUGCAAACAGAAAAUUAAGUAAAAUUAAAUUAUAAAUAAAUAGAAGAACACACGGUAAUAGUCGGAAAAGUUUCAGGGUUCUUGUUAAAAUAAAAUUUUUAAAAGGGUAUUGAAACAAAAAAAAAAGUGAUUGCUUAUAGAAUAUGUUAUUUUAUGUCAAGUUCCAACUUUGUAAAUAUGUGCAAUCUAGUAAAUUAAUUUUAAUUUGUAAAUAUGUGAUGACCAAUUCAUUAAUUUGUAUACUAUUUGCGUUAUAUUUUUAAAUUAUUUAUUAUUUAUGACAUAUUAACACUGUGGCAUUGUAAAAAUAAAUCUUUUUAAUAAAUUUUACUAUUAUAGGUUGUAUUUUAUGUUGUGUAUACAUAUAAUAAAUAAUUUUUGAAAUUUUUAAUUAUUAAUUGUUGUACAAUUAUUGUGUGUUAAGGUACAAUAAUUAAAAAUACAAUUUUUUUUAUUGUUUGAACUAUUUAUAAGUAUCUACUAUUUUUUGUUACCUUUCAGUUAUAUAUUCUUGUGGAUUUCUGUUUUAAUUGUUUUCUUAUUAUUUAUUUUAAUUUAAUGCUAUGUAAAUAGAAAGUCGUAUUUAUAUAUUAUAUUUUGUUACCUUUUCUCAGUUUUAUUUUAUAGUAUUUACGAGUAUUUCUUUGGAAAAUUUCUCAUGAUUUCAAUAAUAAUCUGUAAACUUUAAGUAACUAAAAAUUUUUUUGUAUUUUUAAUGAAUUAUUUUGAAGAUAAGAUAAAAUAUUUUAUCAACAUUGAGAGUGUAUCUUUAUCAUUACAUAUCCGUAAUAAUAAAGUACCAAAAAAUAUAAAAAACUUUGUUAUUUUCCUAUUAUAUUAACAUGAAAAAAAAUGUUUAUUUUGGCGCCAUUUCAUUUAAUUGUUUGUUUGAUAAUUUAAUUAAUAUUGAGUUAAUUAAUAAAAAUAUCAAAAUAAUUAUACAUAACUAGAUUAAGUAUGAUUUGUUAUUCAAAAAUUUUUUUAUAAAAAAAAGUUUAUACAAAUGAUUUAGUUGAAUAAAAUACAAAUAUUUUAGAAGUCAAUUUUGUACUUAAAAUUUUAUUUUAGAAUUAGUUUAAAGUUUUAUUUGUAUAAUUUUUGCUUUACAUCAGCUACAUAGUAAACUUAAUUGUUAUUGAUUCUUGAUAUUUUAUAUUCUUACAAAUCACACCAAAGGUUAAUUUGUACAUCAAGUUAUAAUAUGCAAUAGUUUUAAUACAUAAAUUAUCUUUUUGAAAUAAAAAUACUCCCAUUAUUUUUCAAAGUAAUAUUUGUAUGUAUACCACAAAAUAUAUUGUUGUAUUAUAUUAUGAAUUUAAUAUAUUGAUGGCUUAAUUUCAAACAGAGUGAAGUGCUUUGAUAGCCUUUUUUCAAUAUUUUUAACACAAUCUAGUGACUAACAUUGAGUUUUUACAUUUCAAAUUUAUACACAAUAAAUUUUACUUUAGAGUUAAUGCAAUUAUAAAAAUAACUAAAGUUCAACAAAAAGAAAAUAACUCUUUUUUGCACUAAGCCAUUAAUAUCAUUAUUCUAUGUGAUAUUAUGAAUUAUUUUAGUGAAUUGUUUUAACUAUUGUAUAUUAAUUACACAAGUUUGAAGUUUUUUCUUGUAAAUAUAUAUAAAAAUUUGUUAUUUCAAUUACAUUUUAUUUGUUAAGUGAUGUGAAUUUAUUUUUUAUUAUUUUCUUACGUUGUGUAAAUAAAAUAAUGUUUUUGGAAUUAAAAAAAUUAUCGAUGAUA